AUCGCUCCGCCCUCAAGCCGGCGGCGCGCGGUAAGCGCGUCACGUGACGGCUGGCCCCGCCUCUUCCUCUCGGUCCCAUAUUGAACUCGAGUUGGAAGAGGCGAGUCCGGUCUCAAAAUGGAGGUAAAACCGCCGCCCGGUCGCCCCCAGCCCGACUCCGGCCGUCGCCGCCGCCGCCGGGGGGAGGAGGGCCAUGAUCCAAAGGAACCAGAGCAGUUGAGGAAGCUGUUUAUUGGUGGUCUGAGCUUCGAAACUACAGAUGAUAGCUUAAGAGAACAUUUUGAGAAAUGGGGCACACUCACAGAUUGUGUGGUAAUGAGAGAUCCCCAAACAAAACGCUCCAGGGGCUUUGGUUUUGUGACUUACUCUUGUGUUGAAGAGGUGGAUGCAGCAAUGUGUGCUCGACCACACAAAGUUGAUGGGCGUGUAGUGGAACCAAAGAGAGCUGUUUCUAGAGAGGAUUCAGUAAAGCCUGGUGCCCAUCUAACAGUGAAGAAAAUCUUUGUUGGCGGUAUUAAAGAAGAUACAGAAGAAUAUAAUUUGAGAGACUACUUUGAAAAGUAUGGCAAGAUUGAAACCAUAGAAGUUAUGGAAGAUAGACAGAGUGGGAAAAAGAGAGGAUUUGCUUUUGUAACUUUUGAUGAUCACGACACAGUUGAUAAAAUUGUUGUUCAGAAAUACCACACUAUUAAUGGGCAUAAUUGUGAAGUGAAAAAGGCCCUUUCUAAACAAGAGAUGCAGUCUGCUGGAUCACAAAGAGGUCGUGGAGGUGGAUCUGGCAACUUUAUGGGUCGUGGAGGAAACUUUGGAGGUGGUGGAGGGAAUUUUGGCCGUGGUGGAAACUUUGGUGGAAGAGGAGGCUAUGGUGGUGGAGGUGGUGGCAGCAGAGGUAGUUACGGAGGAGGUGAUGGUGGAUAUAAUGGAUUCGGAGGUGAUGGUGGAAACUAUGGCGGUGGUCCUGGUUACAGUAGUAGAGGAGGCUAUGGUGGUGGUGGACCAGGAUAUGGAAAUCAGGGUGGUGGAUAUGGUGGAGGAGGAGGAUAUGAUGGUUACAAUGAAGGAGGAAAUUUUGGUGGUGGUAACUAUGGUGGUGGUGGAAACUAUAAUGACUUUGGAAAUUAUAGUGGUCAACAGCAAUCAAAUUACGGACCCAUGAAAGGGGGCAGUUUUGGUGGAAGAAGCUCUGGUAGUCCUUAUGGUGGUGGUUAUGGAUCUGGUGGUGGAAGUGGUGGAUAUGGUAGCAGAAGGUUUUAAAAAACAACAGAAAAGGGUUGAAUGAGAACCCUACUUGCCUAAAUGAGGAAUGUCUUUCCUACCAUCUUAAAUACGAAGGUUUCUGGCUGGGUAAGGUUUGUAGCUCACAGUAAAACUUGACGCCAUUUAUUUCCAUAUAAAUCUAUAUUACAUACUUUAAAACAUGAGUCCCUCUCCAGUAGGUACAUUGGGAAAAUUACCAAGCUGAAAACCACAGUGGUACCGUGUUUGAUGCAAUUUUUUUAAAUCCCCAAGAAUGGCCAUCCCUGAGUGUUCUACUUGAGUCACAUGUAGUCCAUUUUCUUCAUGUAUAGAAUUCAGUGUUUUUAGGGUAGAGUCGAUUUUUGGUAAGGGAAAGUAACCUCAACUUUGUGAACAGUUUUUGUCAUAAACGUGACUUAGAACAUGUUACGCUGCCAGUUGUACUAGGAAAAACAUCUUCAGAUGAACUUAACAUAAUAACUACAUCUUACAGAUACAAACGUGUCUUCAUUCACGUGGCCUCAUAAGCUUUCACAAAUUCAGGGAAUUUGGACUGAUGGGAUGAAUUUUGGUUUUGUUCAUUUUGGUUAAUCUUAACCAGAAGCAGUAGGGGCCUGAUUACACUAAUGGUCCUUUAUAAAAGGGUAUCUUUCCCAAAGAAUUACUUGGUUACUAUUCAUAUCAGUUGCUGAUUAUUAAUAAGGGCUAUUUUUGCUGCCCCAAAAGGGCAUAUUAAAAUUGAGGUUUAAUUCACUUUUUAAAUAAAAUAACAUUUAAGGGGCAAAGUACUAGUUUCUGUAAAACAGGUUGACUAAAUCACAGUUUCUACACAGAAUUAUUAGUAAGGCAACAGCCUUUAAAACAUCAAGGUUUUAAUGAAUUUUCGUAGGACAGGAAACAUUUUUUCUUUUAAGGGCGUUCUAUUUCAUUUCACUUGUGAAAUAAAGUUAUUUUAUUUGAAUGUAGUUUUGUUGUCAUUUCUGGAAAAUGUUCUCUUCAGUGGUAGCACCAAUAAGGAAAGUUGGAAAUGCUUGAGGAAAAUUUAAGCUGGUUUUAAACUUGUAGGUCACACUGCUUCCAGUUAAUACAUUUAAAAAAGUUGACUUUACACUUGUGUUCUAAAGGAGAGAAUAUGUGUGGUAAAAUAAACUGCAUUUGUCAGGGGACUAAUAGAAAUAGGUAUGGUUAUUAAGAGUUCAGUAUAAGUCAAAAUUUGAAAUAUUUCUCUUGGGAGUUUGAGUAAUGUCACAAAGUAGUGAAUAAAGCAUGCUAAUGUGCAGGGGUAAUGCAAGGAUUGUUAGCCUGUCUGAAUAAUCAAAAUUUUAAAGCUUCAAUGUUUUCUGAUUUUCAGAGGUGAUCUGUAAUGGAUUCGAAUGUUUCAUUUGUGGUAUAAUGAAAUGUUUACAGAAAGAUGACUUUUUCAUUAAAAUAUUUUUAGAAAUGUG